UUUUAGUACUCACUAUGUCAAAAGAUAAAGUAAUUAAUGUUCGGCUGAAUAGUGGUAAUUAUUCGUAUUGGGCAAGUGUGAUGAAAAAUUUUCUUGUCGGCAAGGAAGUGUGGGGUCAUGUGACGGGCCUUAUUGUGAAACCUCCUCCUGUGAAUGUGAAAGAUGAUGAUCCUACAUAUGCGGCGAAACAUGCAGAGUAUGUCAAAAAUUUUGGCAAAUGGGAAGUUGCAAAUGCACGAAUUCUUACAUGGUUUCAUAAUUCUUCCGAACCUAGCAUCGGCAUGAACUUUUCAAGAUAUGACACUGCCAAAGAAGUUUGGGAUUACCUGAAAAGGAUGUAUUUUGAGUCCAACUUUGCAAAGCAAUAUGAACUUGAGGGCUCUAUUCAACGGGCUACGCAGGGAGAUAAAACCAUUCAGGAAUUCUACAAUGAAAUGACUCAAUAUUGGGAUCAAUUGAUGCUAAUGGAACCCGUAGAAUUGCAAUCUCUUGAUUUCUAUGUAGCAUACCGUGAGAAACAACGUCUUGUACAGUUUCUCAUGGCCCUCUGUGAUCAAUUUGAGCCUCUUCGGGGGGCCAUCCUUCAUCGUUCUCCCCAACCAACAGUUGAUGGUGCCGUUCAUGAGCUCAUAGCUGAGGAAACUAGGUUCAAGGUUGCAUCUGUUGCAGCUCCCUCUCAGUCUGUAUUUGUUGCGCCAUCGGUUCAGCCUACUUCGUAUAUGACACCUCUCUUGCUUACACCGUCCUCUCACUUGAUUCAGGUUACUGGAAAACCUAAACCUCGUGUUGCUUUGGAUGAGUGUAGCUUUUGUCGCUAAAAAGGGCACUGGAAGCAUGCAUGUCCGAAAUUGUUACAUAUGACAAGUAGCACUCCUCGUUCGAAGCCCACCUCCUCUAGGCCCGCACAGCAACAUUCUCGGCCCCCACAGCAGUACGUUCGUCCUCCGGCUGCUUUCGUAGCUCCCGCAACUGAUAGUAUUCCACAUUAUCCCUCUUUUGAGCAGUAUCAAGAGUAUCGUGCAUAUUUGGCUGCCACCCAAGGAGGUCAUUCUCAAGCUUCUGCUAUGACCACUACUCCGUCAGGUUUGCAUGGUUCCUAUACCACAUGAUCAGAUGUCGAAGAAGCAGAUUGGGACCGGGCGUAGAGUUGGCGAUCUAUAUGUUUUGGAGACUUUGCAUGUUCCUAUUGAGUCUACUACCACUGCUAUGUCAUCCUUUUGUUUAAAUCAGAAGUCUUCCCCCUUUUAUCUUUGGCACUCUCACUUAGGGCAUUUAUCUAGUGAACGUUUGAAACUUUUACUUAAGUCUGGCUAUUUGGGAAACAUUUCUGCAAGCGAUAUCUCUUAAUGCAGUGGUUGUAAGUUUGUCAAAAUGUCUGUUCUACCUUUUAAUAGAAGUACUUCUGUUUCUAAUUCUCCGUUUCAGCUUGUUUAUACGGAUUUGUGGGGUCCCUCCCCAAUUGUUACUAAAGGUGGUUCUCGAUAUUAUGUCUCUUUUGUUGAUGAUUAUAGUAGGUUUACGUGGGUAUAUUUGUUGACAUGCAAGUCAGAUUUUUACCAAGUAUAUCGCAAUUUUCACUCCAUGGUUCAAACUCAGUUUUCAACAGAAAUCAAAAUUC